UAAGAAGGGAAGCUCCGAGCAUGAGGAUCAGAAUCCCCAAACCCUGCAAAGAAUAUAUUUCUUCCUCCAAGGAUAUUAAACCAUCAGAGCAUCUCUGGAAAAAUGACCCUCAACCGCAGCGAUCGGCUGAAGAACCUGGAGAAGAGACGCGGCAGCAUGCCCUUUUCCAUGCACCAGCAGCUGCACCGGAGAAGCAUGCCGGUGGAUGACAAAGAGCUGCACGGCAACAACCCUGCAAGAGACCUGGCUCACCUGGUCCGCUGUCCAUCUUACAACCCCAACGACAAGCACCGCGAGAGCUGGGCCUCCGACUCCUCUGACUCGGUCAUCUCCUCCGGCAGCGACUCCGACGACCACGUGUUCAAAGUGAUCCUGCUGGGCGAACACGGAGUUGGAAAGUCCAGCCUGGCCAGGAUCUUUGGUGGAGUGGAGGAUCUGCAUGAUGUUGAGGAAGCAGGUAAUACGUACGACAGAUCCAUCACGGUGGAUGGAGAAGAAGCUGGUCUCUUGGUGUUUGACAUUUGGGAGCAGGAUAACAACCAUUGGCUCCAUAACCAGUGCAUGAAGAUGGGAGACGCGUACGUCAUCGUGUACUCCGUCACGGACAAAGCCAGUUUUGAAAAGGCAUCUGAGCUCAGGAUUCAGCUGAGGAGAGCGAGGCAAAGCGAGGACAUCCCUAUUAUUCUAGUCGGAAACAAAAGCGAUUUGGUGCGGUCACGAGAGGUCUCAGUAGAAGAGGGACGCGCAUGUGCCGUUGUAUUUGACUGUAAAUUCAUAGAAACCUCGGCUGCCCUCCAUCACAACGUCAAGGACCUCUUCGAAGGCAUCGUGCGCCAGAUUCGAUUACGCAAAGACAGCAAAGAAGACAACGCAAGGCGAAUGGCCAGCAGCAAGAGACGAGAAAGCAUAGGCAAGAAGGCCAAGAGGUUCCUCGGGAAGAUCGUAGCCAAAAAUAACAAGAAAAUGGCAUUUAAGCAGAAGUCCAAAUCGUGCCACGACCUGUCUGUGCUUUGAAAAGAUUUUUAUUUAAGGGGCGACGUGUAUCCCAGCGGGACUGAACAAUGACUUGACUUGGAAUGAAGAUGUAGAACCUCCAUUUCUCAUUUCUAAUCUAUGCCUUAAUAAUCCAGAUUACGAAAUUGCAUUAAGAUUGUGAAUUUGUGUUAAAAAAAAAAAAAAGGACGAUUUCGUAUUCAGAGAGCGGAGGACGACGUUUGGAUUUGUAACGAUCGCAAAACAGACGUCUGACAAAAUCCUGCGGUCCUUGUGAAAACGGUUCAUAAAAAAAGUGAAAAGAUAAAAAAAACCACAGACUUUUGUGUUUAAAACUUGAAAUUUUGUACGCAGGCUCGUACAUGCAUAAAAUAUUUUUUUCUUGCGGCCCGUGUAUCUGAAAUAUCACAUAGGCACAGAGACUUCUCAACUGAAUUGUAGGCUACUAACAUUUUGGAAUUGUACUUGCACUUACAUUAACUGUUAUCAGAUGAAUUUAUUAUUUCUUUACAUGCAGAUUUUAUAAUAAACUAUUUACUGUUAAAAAAAA